CAAAACAGCUUUAUCAGAUACAAACCCAGAUAAUCACUCACGGUUUCCAAGACAACCAAUUCUUAGCUUCUAAACUCGUAUCAGCAUGUGCCGGACUGAAGAAAAUGGCUCAUGCCCGCCUUGUGUUCGAUCAAAUUCCCGACCCAAAUAUAGCGGUUUGGAACACAAUGUUCAAAGUGUAUGUCCAGAACGAGCUCUACAAGGAGGUGGUACUUUUGUUUAAUCACAUGAUGAAGAGGAUGGAUAUAACAAGACCCGAUUGUUUCACAUUCCCUAUGGUUUUGAAGUCUUGUGUAAAGUUAUCAUUGGCCUUGCAAGAAGGCGAAAAAUUGCACUGUUUUCUAUGGAAGAUUGGUUUCCAAUUGAACCCAUUUGUGGGAACCAAUUUGAUUGAGUUGUAUUCAAGUGGAGGAAGAAUUGGGUGUGCUUAUAAGAUGUUUGGUGAAAUGAUUGUGAGAAAUGUUGUUGCGUGGACUUGUAUGAUUAGUGGGUAUAUUUCAUCCCAUGAUGUAGUUUCUGCAAGGAGGCUUUUUGAUUUGGCACCAGAGCGUGAUAUUGUACUGUGGAACAUUAUGGUUUCCGGGUACAUUCAAUGUGGGGACAUGGUGGCUGCUCGGAAGCUUUUCAAUGUGAUGCCGAACCGAGAUUUGAUGUCUUGGAAUACUUUGUUGAAUGGUUAUGCAAACAAUGGGGAUGUUAAGGGGUGUGAGGAAUUUUUUGAGGAGAUGCCUGAGAGAAAUAUCUUUUCUUGGAAUGGAUUGAUUGGAGGGUAUGCUCAUAAUGGCCAGUUCUCCGAAGUUUUGGGUGCUUUCAAAAGGAUGCUAAGUGAGUCUGCUGUGCAUCCUAAUGACGCUACACUUGUGACCGUGUUGUCUGCUUGUGCAAGAUUAGGAGCUCUUGAUUUGGGUAAGUGGGCUCAUGUCUAUGCAGAGAACAAUGGUUAUCAAGGAAACAUUUUUAUUGGCAAUGCCUUGAUAGAUAUGUAUGCAAAAUGUGGGAUUAUAGAGAAUGCAAUUGACGUAUUUAAUGGCAUGGUAACAAAAGAUUUGGUAUCUUGGAAUACCAUUAUUAAUGGCUUAGCAUUACAUGGGCGUGGGGAUGAUGCUUUGUGCUUCUUUUCUCGCAUGAAGAGUGCCGGAGAGAAACCAGAUGGAAUCACUUUUGUAGGCAUUUUAUGUGCUUGUUCUCAUUUGGGUCUAGUUGAUGAUGGAUUUUACUACUUUCAUUCAAUGAUUGAUGAAUAUUUGAUCAUGCCUCAGAUUGAGCAUUAUGGUUGUAUGGUUGAUCUUUUGGCUCGAGCUGGCCUUUUAGACCAAGCCGUGGAUUUCAUUAGGAAGAUGCCUAUGCAAGCAGAUAGUGUUAUUUGGACUGUUUUACUUGGGGCAUGCAGGAUCUACAAAAACAUUGAAUUGGCUGAACUGGCUCUUCAACGGCUCACUGAACUUGAACCAAAAAACCCUGCAAAUUAUGUCAUGCUUUCAAAUAUUUAUGGGCAUGCCCGAAGAUGGGGAGACGUGGCACGAUUAAAAGUUGCAACGAGGGAUACUGGGUUUCAGAAAUUGCCAGGAUGUAGCUUGAUUGAGGUUGAUAAUAGUGUCGUUGAAUUCUAUUCCUUGGACGAUAGGCAUCACAAGACAGAGGAGAUAUUUGGUGUGUUGAGAGGGUUGAUGAAGUCAUUAAAAUCAUCUGAAUAUGUCCCAGACCUUUUGGAGCUCAGGCAGGAAAUUUAGAUGAAGAAAGAUAUGCUAGCAUUGGGCUUGGACUUGGCAGGCUCCUCUUUUCAGGAGAGAAUACGAGUAUCUCAAUACUUUAAUGCUCCUGUAAUAUUGAUGACAUAAUUGUAUGACCGACUGAUUAAAUGUUGACAUGUAUUGAUAGAACUCACUGAAGUAAAUGCAUUUUUACGGGUCGAUGACACCGGUAUCACCGGUGCAGAAAAGUCUUCCUCCUGAACCACAGGUUAUGUCUUCUGAUCUGAACCUUGACGGACUUUGUUGGGCUGUUCUUCUUAACGGAGUUAAAAGAGAUUUUGCUUGAAGAAUUAUCUAAUCCAGCUCACGGAUUGACAUUGGAGCUCAGGACUAAGAAAUAUGAUGUAAGUUCUUCUAAAGUUAAAUGAUAGAUUUUAGUCAAUAUAUGAGCGUUUUUGCGAGUGCAUGUCAAUUAUUUUCGUCAUUUAUCAUAAUUUUGAUUCUGAUAUGUUCUUUAUUUUACUUAUUUACAUUUGAAAAUAAUUCCCUAUAUUCUUUAAAGAACUAGCUGAAUUAUAUCAGAUUUACAAAUAACCCCAUUUCCAUCAUUUAGUUUUGAGCAUUAGCAGUAAAGUUACAUAAUUUACUCUUAUGGAAUAAAAAUGAAAAAAAUCAAAUUAAAAAUAUUUUUGAAAAAGAUGUUCAAAAUGAACAUAUCUUGAAAAUGAUAAGUGCGUACGCUCCUCAAGGAGUAUUAGACGGCACUGCAAAGAAACUCUUUUGGAACUCAUUAGAGGAAUUGAUACAAUCUAUGCUUCGUCGUGAAGGUAUAUUUGUAGGCGGUGAUUUCAAUGGACAUGUAGGUGUUGAUAGGAUAGGAUAUACACGAAUCCAUGGAGGGUAUGGUUUUGGAGAGCCUAAAUGCUUUAGACCAUAUGACUUAGUAAUAGACAACAGUUUCUUUCAAAGUAUGUGACUUGGUAAUAGAUAACAGUUUCUUUAAAAAAACGAUAGAGAAUCUAAUAACAUUUAAAAGUAGAAUAAGUAAAAUACAAAUUGAUUAUUGCUUGUACAGAAGAAGAGAAUGAACCUCAUGUAAUGAUUAUAAAGUGUCCUGAGAGAGCCUCACAAACAAACAUCGCAUACUAAUUAUAGACAUAUUAAUUAAAGGGUUUAAGUACAAAAAAAAAAAAAAAAAAAAAAAAUUAGAACAAAAAAAUUAAGUGGAUCUAAUUUUUUUUUUUUAAGUAAAAAUGUAUUAGAAAGCAUUCAAUAGGGGAACGCAUCCCAAGAGUUAUACAAAAAAUCGAUAAAAAGGGAAAGGGGAAAACCUAUUGGCCCAAAGGCCCCAAAAAGUCCAUGAUCUCAUCUAAGGAUAUACAAUCUCUCCCCAUACUCCAACUAAAAAGAAAACAAAUAAUAGAAAACUUCAACACCCCAAUGGAGAUUUCCUCCCCAUCAAAAGAAGGGGGUCACCUUCCAAAAAUCGCGAACAUGUGCUCUAUCCCUUUGGCCCUUCUAAAUAUCAAUCAAGUCCCUUGAGGUCCGUGGCAUAACCCACUGGACGCCAAAAAGACCCAAAAUAAGACUCCAACAGUCAUGAGCCAUAG